AAACCUGUCUUGCGUUCUCAUCUCAAGCCACCAAAGCAAGCUCCAUCAGCAUGGCAAGUAUACUUUACCGAAGAGUUGCAAAAGAUGAAGGCUGCUUCUCCUAACGAGAGAUUAAAUGUCGCUCACGUUGCCAAAGAUGCCGGUCAAAGAUAUGCCGCUUUGCCAGAAGAGCGCAAGAAGGAAUACCAACGCAAGAGUUUGGAAGCAAAGGCAGAAUGGGAAAAGGACAUGGACAACUGGCGUCAAACUUUGACACCAGAAGAUAUCAAACAAGAGAACAUGUACCGAACAGCUCAACGCAAAGCAGGAAAAUCACGCAAGGGAAAUUUGAAAGAUCCCAACGCACCCAAAAAGCCACUCAGUGCCUACUUCUUGUUCUUGCGUGCAAUUCGUGCUGAUCCAGCAUUGACCCAACAAGUGUUUGAAGGUGAACAAGAGACCACCAAACAGAGUGUGUUGGCUGCAAGCAAAUGGCGUGCUUUGCCUGAAACAGAGAAGCAACCUUACCUUGAAAAGGCAGAAGCUGACAAGGCCGAAUACGAGCGCUUACGUCGCGAAUAUGAACAAACACACACU